CUUAAAAUUAGCAAAAGCAGUUCAAAUUCGUUGCUUAAUAUUUUUUUAAGAAUGCCUACUACAGAUAACGAACCUUGUGCUCAGAAUAUAGCAAAACUCUGUCUCGACAAAUUCGAAUCCUUGCCAAAAGCAGGAAAACCCACUGCCAAUCAAUGGACCGUUUUAGCGGGAAUAGUAGAGUUCAACCGGAAAACGAGGAGCAGUCAACUGGUGGCCCUUGGAUGCGGAACCAAGUGCAUAGGACAAUCCAAACUCUGUUCCCAAGGUCUCAUCCUAAACGAUUCCCAUGCCGAGGUGUUGGCGCGACGGGCCUUUCUCCGUUUUUUAUACCAGGAGCUGAAGCAGGAGAGGAUAUUCCGGUGGAACUGUAAUCUGAACAGCUACGACAUGGAUGAGCACGUGGAGUUCCAUUUCCUGAGCACCCAGACGCCCUGCGGCGAUGCCUGCAUCUUAGAUGUGGAGGAACCAGAGAAGAAUGCCAAACGCCAGCGACUGGAUGAAGAAUCCGAGAUGGUCUAUACAGGUGCCAAGUUGAUAGGUGACCUAGAGGAUGAUCCGAUGCAACAGACGCCCGGAGUCCUACGAACCAAACCAGGACGUGGAGAGCGCACCUUAUCCAUGUCCUGUAGCGAUAAGAUAGCCCGGUGGAAUGUGCUGGGGGUGCAGGGAGCUCUACUGGACUCCCUGAUCUCCAAACCCAUCUACUUCAGCAGCCUAAACUUUUGUUGUGGCAAUGCCCAUCUGGAGUGCUUGGAACGGGCCAUCUUUAAACGUUGGGAGGGCAAGUCCUUCAAGCAUGAUCGCUUCCAUCCCCAAAAACCUCAAAUUCGAAUAGAUUCUGGCAUAAACUUUGAGUUUUCCCAACGCUCCGACUGGCAGCCCUCGCCAAAUGGCUUAGUUUGGUCACAACUGCCGGAGGAACUGAGACCCUAUGAAGUCUCUGUAAACGGAAAGCGUCAAGGGGUGACUAAGAAAAAGAUGAACACUCCACAAGCUGCCUUGGCAGUCAGCAAGUAUAAUCUAUUCCUCACUUUUCUGGACCUACUAAGAUUCAAUCCAAAGCUCUGCGAAAAGUUUAAUCAAAGCAUAACCGAUCAUGAGCGUAUAACAUAUGCUUCCUGUAAAGUCUUGGCUGCAGAUUAUCAGUUGGCUUGGCGUCAAUUAAAAGAUAAAUACUUUCUUCAAUGGACCAAAAAGCCGCAUGAAUUGCUAAACUUCACUCCAAAUCCUAAUAAAUGACAAAGGCAAAAAGGAGCCAAUGGAACAAGGAUAUAUAUUUCUCUUGAUUAAUUCCUCUUGCAAAAAGGAAGAGAGAUGGUGCUUAUGCCGCAGAAUGGAACAUAACUGAAGAUG